AUGGCCUGGAGCACCAACCUCCGCUGGCGGCUGCCGCUCGCCUGCCUGCUCCUGCAGGUGGCCUUGGUCAUUCUCUUCGGCUUCUUCGUGCGCUACAGCCCCGACGCCGACGCGCACUGGUGGGAGGAGAAGCGGCGCAGAAACAUCACCACGGACCUGGAGAACGAGUUCUACUAUCGCUACCCUAGCUUCCAGGAUGUGCACGUGAUGGUCUUCGUGGGCUUCGGCUUCCUCAUGACCUUCCUGCAGCGCUACAGCUUCAGCGCCGUGGGCUUCAACUUCCUGCUGGCGGCCUUCGGCAUCCAGUGGGCGCUGCUCGUGCAAGGAUGGUUCCACUUCUUUGAAGACGGCUACAUUCUCCUGGGCGUCGAGAACCUCAUCAAUGCUGACUUCUGCGUGGCCUCUGUCUGUGUGGCCUUUGGGGCACUUCUGGGUAAAGUCAGCCCUCUCCAGCUGCUCAUCAUGACUCUCUUCCAAGUGACCCUCUUCUCAGUGAAUGAGUACAUUCUCCUCAACGUGCUAGAGGUGAAGGAUGCAGGGGGCUCCAUGACCAUCCACACAUUUGGCGCCUACUUUGGGCUCACAGUGACCCGAAUCCUCUACCGACGCAACCUAGAGCAAAGCAAGGAGAAACAGAGUUCUUCAUACAGCUCGGACCUCUUUGCCAUGAUCGGCACCCUCUUCCUGUGGAUGUACUGGCCCAGCUUCAACUCAGCUGUGUCCUACCACGGGGACUCUCAGCACCGGGCUGCCCUCAACACCUACUGCUCCUUGGCAGCCAGCGUGCUCGCUGCGGUGGCAAUGUCCAGUGCCCUGAACAAGAAGGGCAAGCUGGACAUGGUGCACAUCCAGAACGCCACGCUCGCAGGAGGGGUGGGCGUGGGCACCGCUGCUGAGAUGAUGCUCAUGCCCUACGGCUCCCUCAUCGUCGGCUUCAUAUGUGGCAUCAUCUCCACCCUGGGUUUUGUGUACCUGACGCCUUUCCUGGAGUCCCACCUGCGGAUCCAAGACACCUGUGGCAUCCACAACCUGCACGGCAUUCCCGGCAUCAUAGGUGCCAUUGUGGGUGCCGUGACAGCAGCCUCCGCCAGCCCUGAAGUAUAUGGACAGGAAGGGCUUGUCCAUUCCUUUGACUUUCAAGGUAUCAAGGAGAACUGGUCUGUAAGAACGCAGGCCAAGUUCCAGAUUUUUGGCCUCCUUGUGAGCCUGGGCAUGGCCCUGGUGGGCGGCAUCAUCGUGGGGUUCAUUUUAAGAUUACCAAUCUGGGGACAAGCCUCUGAUGAGAACUGCUUUGAGGAUUCAAUCUACUGGGAGGUACCUGAAGAGAAGAGCACUGUCUAUAUCCCUGAGGACCCCAGCCUCAAGCCCUCAGCACCCUCUAUACCCUUGGCACCCUUGGUCCACUUGGUACCCUUGACACCUUAAGCUGCCAGGGCAGGCUACACAGACUGUCGCAGGCCUCUGGAAGGAGCUGGCGCUGACCUAGCGGGGGACACAAGAGCAAGUGAGCGGCACCA